GUACGGUUCUCGGUGAGGUGGUGUGACCAGCAUACAGCGAUCAGGGGAGGUGGGCGGAGAUAUAGUACCUUUGUCCCGGGGUGGUAGGCGGGGAUAUGUUAUAUUUACUCCUGGAGACGCCAGCGCUGAGUCAUAGUGACAACUGCGGGAAGGAGAGAUCCGGAUCUCAGGGACAGAACCAUGCCGGGUACAGGGAGAGUCCGCAUCCAUGUGGUGUACUGUGGAGCUUGAGGGUAUGGCCCUAAGUUUCAGCAGUUGCAGAGGGACCUGGAAAAACGGUUCCCAGAACUGCUGGAAUUU